UAAAACCGUUACGUCAUAUCGAAUGGACGCCGAGAUGUCCUCAGGUUGAAAAAUAUAAUAAUAUUGCUAGCCAGUCAGUUACUUUAUUCGUUAAGUCAGUGGUCGAUAUUUUUUGCUAAAUAUUCAAGUUGUAUCGUUCGAUGUUGUCAUGACGGUUAUUAUUUGAACGAACGUUUUACAUUUCAAAUCGUAGGCCGAGAAAUGAGUGAAAAUAAUCUAGGAAGUCGCUAGCUCUUGUUGGUCCAAUUGCUGGCAAAGUAGGCAACGUUAGCUAACGUUUGCUAGAUAGCUAGCGAGCUCUUUGUUUUGACUCUGAUUGUCUGGUGAUGUUGAAAGGCUUGGAACGCUGCUUGGGCUCAACCUAAUAUUUGUAUCAAAAUGCAUAUGACAUUUGAAUGGGUUGUUUACAGUAUUUAAUGUGUUAUAACGUUGUUCCUGCGACGGGUGGAGGAUACACUUGUUUGUAAACGAACAAUAGCAAGUUUACAAGCUAGCUAAACAACGAGGGGCUGAGAAGAGGACAUGGGCAAUUGUCUAAAAUCGCCGACGUCGGACGAUAUAUCUUUGCUUCAUGAAUCACAGUCUGAUAGAGCAAGUUAUGGGGACGCAGACCAGGAUUUGGAGCCACCUCCGCCUUACCAGGAGCAGGCCCACAUGCCAGUGUACCACCCCACACCCAGCCAGGCCCGCUUAGCUACCCAGCUGACUGAGGAGGAGCAGGUUCGUAUCGCCCAACGGAUCGGACUCAUCCAGCACCUCCCCCGGGGUGUCUACGACGGAGGACGGGACGGCUCGGAGAAGAAAAUCAGAGAGUGUGUUAUAUGUAUGAUGGACUUUGUGUACGGGGAUCCCAUCCGGUUCCUGCCUUGUAUGCACAUCUACCACAUGGACUGUAUAGACGACUGGCUGAUGAGGUCGUUCACCUGCCCCUCCUGCAUGGAGCCUGUGGAUGCUGCUCUGCUGUCCACCUACGAGACCAACUGACCCCUGACACAACCCCACCACCCUCUGCCCCGCUGCCCCUUAAAAACACACACACACAUUCUACAAACAUCACAGGCACAUCAGCCAGCCCCUACGCACGCACACACACACACACUCACCCCUCCCCAACUGACCCUCGGGAAAAGGAGUAGCAAGGUGUCUUGCUUGCUGAUGACAGAGAGACUUGUGAUUAACAUUGAAAAGACUAAAUCCAUCGCCUAAAAUGACUCUGAAGACAACUUGCUUACUCAUGGUCUGACUGAAGGAGGUAUUAGACAGUUGUCUACAUAGAAAAGACAAACAUGCUUUGUGUGUGUGUGUGUGUGCCAGCUGCUGAACACAGUAGGACGGGAUUGGUGAUGUUAUGGUGGGAAUGAGGAGGGGGCUGUUACCGUAGUGAUGGCUCACUGCAUUUCCACUUGAGCAGGUCUCAGUGGUGUCCCACAACCAGCCAAUCAAUGCUCAUCAUGAUUAGUAGCUGGGAAUAAAAUCGUAUAAUUGUCUCUAGUCUGAAUUUGGCCACUGGGAUGUAUCCUAUAAGAAUAAUUUUAAAGCCACGGCUGGCAACAACAAGACAAUAACAUAGCAUCAGUCUCCUAGUGUCCAAAUCCUAGACUAUAUAGUUAGUAGGGGUAAAGAAGCCCUAGGGAGAAAUGCAUGGUGAUGUAAAAACAGGAAAUAAUCUCUCUGCAGACUGGAGUUUACAGUGUUUUAGCGCUGCGGUUACAAAAUAUUAGAAGUUACAAAUUAUUUCGGAUUACAACAAAACCACAAUAGGAUCUACAUACCCAGUGCAGAAAUCACCCAAAGCCCAUACUUACUUUACUGGACUGUUUCAUGGAGAAAGAAAUGUACUAGCUACAUGCAUAUGCUCUGUUUUGUCUUUCAGGGGAACCAUUCUGAAUGGAUCCCCUGCCACUCCAGGUGGCCUGAACAAUUCUGUGUGGUGUAUGUCCCCCUGUGUAGGGUUAAUAUGUUUUACUAUGAGAGGAGUAACAUAGCUGUCAGCCAAUGUAAAGGGCUCAUUUGUGCAUGUGCAGGAGGAUCAGUCUAAAAGUUAGGAAUGCUUGCACACACAUUAAUCUGAUCCUGAGAUUUGCACUUUACCUAUAGGACAAUAAUGGAAGCAUUAUAUUAAUAUAUAAACCUAUAACCUUGCACUUUUCAAUAUUAUUUAUUCUUUGCGCAGCACAGACGUUAAGAUUAAUAUUGAUAAUGCUAUCAAUGCUACCAUUGGUCCCUCAUCACAUUGAAGUAAAGCUCCAUAGCUGAAUAUCUAUUCAUGAGUUGUGUGAUUCAGUAGUGAGUCCCUGCUUGGUUUUGUCUUGAUACUAGUGGGUGUUUUGUGUGGAAGUGGUUGUGUGAAGGGGACAGAUGUUUACUUUGUCUUGGAUGACACUGUAAGAGCUUACUUAGCUGUAUUUUAAACUUUCUCCCCUAGUCAGGACACCAUUGCUCAAAUAUAUGUUCUUGCUGUUUUUUGGACAAAAUACACUGUAUGAUUUCCCAUGUUUGUUGCUAUUUAUGUUUGUAGAAAAGUAUCUGCUUCUGUGAAUGUUUUCCAUCUACAUUUUCAUUCAUAGUGAUACCCUUUUCUGUGUGGAUGUUUGUACACUACCCUCCAUAUUUAUUUGGACCGUAAAGCUAUAAUAUUUAAGAGAUUUAUAAAAACAACCUAAAAUAAAAGGUGAUAUUCUAUGCCGCUGCCUCAAUAAAACCAUUUGAUCUCAAAUCCAACAUGCUGGAAUAUUGAGCAGAACGUAAACAUUUUAUUUUAAUUCCAUAUAAAUACAGAGGGAUCUGUGUAUGUCAUACCUUCAGCUUCAUGGUUUGUCUUUGUGUUUGUUGGAGAUAACCGUCUUGCUCAGUAGAGUUUACACUGCUUUUAGUGUGCAUUUGCAAACCUCUGGCCCAAAGAUUUACCACAGCACAAAGGAGAGUAUGCCUCUAAUGAUGUGACAGUAAAAGACAGUACACAUUUGUCAAUGUUUUGCUUUCUUUUGCAGUGUUUUUCAGCUUUUUUUGUCAGAAGAUAAUUGACACUUCUGUAAAAUAAAUGUAAUCUCCUGUAAUCUUAAUUUUUUGAAAGGCCACCUAGCCCUAAUAUCGAAGCUGUAAAAAAAAAAAAGAAUAAACAGGAAAGCACA